AUGAAGCCACGGUCACUUCUGCAGCCUAUCUUUCGUCGAUAUGCGUCUCGUCUCCCAGAGAGACCUCCAUACAGGGCCCCAGAUCCUCUCCUCAAUAACCCCCAUGCCACCUACCAACAAGUUUCCGAGGACAUGACAUUCAUUCACCGACCACCACCUACCGCACCGUCACCUAUAUCCUACACCACCAACCCUGCUUCACCACUCUUGCGCGAUGCUUCCGGGGUUGCAACCCUACCACCCACUGUUCGACCGGAGAAAGCGCAGCCUCCGCGAAUGUCUGACGAGGACCUUGCAAAAUUGCGACAGUUGAGGAUGGAGGAUCCGGAUAAGUGGUCAACUGGGAGAUUGGCAAAAGAGUUCAAUUGUACCCCUGCGUUUGUGAUGCGCGUGGCUGCUUUGAAGGUUGCUGACAGAAAGAGGCUGAAGAAGAAGCGGGAUGAGGAACAUGAAGAGAACCGAGGCAAGUGGGGUGACAAGAAGGCUCUUAACCAUGAAGUUCGCCAGCAACGGAAAUUGUAUUGGUAG